GGACUGGAUUAGCGCUCUUGAGUGGGUAGACAUACAGUACGAUCCAGGUUUAGGGAGUGAUGAGGGGCUGGGAUCCCGGUGCUUCCUUUUCCUUAUUAAUGAGAAUUUGUCUGGACUGACGGACCUUUAAGGGGCUGAUCGAGGGCCUCCGGGGGCCCCCUGAGGGUAGUUCUUGUCAGCUCCGGAGAGAGAGUCCCCUCUCCCUCUGCGCUUCGCCCAGUGCCGGGCUCCCAUGCGCGGGUGUUGAGGCAGAGCGGACACAGCCCAGCGCAGCAGAGAGCUCCCCGCGAUGGACAUAGGGGGUCUGGAAACGGUGGUGGCCAACUCGGCCUACAUCUCGGCCCGCGCCAGCUUCGACGGCAGCAGCAACGCGGCGGCCAACCGGGACAAGAAGUACCGUGCCAAGCUCAAGCUGCCCCACAUCACCCAGUGCGAGGACCUGAAGGACCAGCUCGACCUGGAGUUUGACAGCAUCUGCUGCCAGCAGCCGAUCGGCAAGCGCCUCUUCCAGGAGUACCUGGAGACCGUGCCCCAGUACAAGCCUGCCUCCAAGCUCUGGAAGGACAUAGAGGAAUAUGACACGGCCGAGGACAAGGACCGCGUGCAGAAGGCCUCCAAGAUCAUUUCCCGGUACAUGGAGUCGGAUGCCAAGCAGUUCUGCUCUUUCCUGCAGGGCUCGACCAUCAGCAAGGUGAAGGAGGAACACCAAAUGGCCAAGGACGACCUCUUUGUGGAGAGCCUGGAGGGCACCCUGGCUUUCCUCAGAGACCUUCCUUUCACAAACUACCUGGAGACCAUGUACCUCAAGAGGUUCCUGCAGUGGAAGUGGCUGGAGGCUCAGCCCAUCGGCGAGGACUGGUUCCUGGACUUCAGGAUCCUGGGCAAAGGAGGGUUUGGGGAAGUGUCCGCCACCCAGAUGAGGGCCACGGGGAAACUUUACGCCUGCAAGAAGCUGAGCAAGAAACGGCUCAAGAAAAGGAAAGGCUAUGAAGGUGCAAUGGUGGAGAAGAGGAUCCUGGCCAGAGUACACAGCCGCUUCAUCGUCUCUCUGGCCUACGCCUUCCAAACCAAGACAGACCUCUGCCUGGUCAUGACCAUCAUGAACGGAGGAGACUUGAGGUACCACAUUUACAAUGUUGACGAGAACAACCCAGGGUUUGAGGAGCUCCGAGCCUGCUUCUACACAGCGCAGAUUAUCUGUGGAAUGGAGCAUCUCCACCAGAAGAGGAUCAUUUACAGAGAUCUCAAGCCAGAGAACGUGCUCCUGGACAACGACGGUAACGUGCGUAUCUCUGACCUUGGUCUUGCUGUGGAGCUGAAAGACGACCAAACAAAAAUUAAAGGUUAUGCUGGAACUCCAGGGUUCAUGGCUCCCGAGCUGCUGAAAGGCGAGGAGUACGAUUACUCAGUCGAUUACUUCACCCUGGGAGUGACGCUGUAUGAAAUGGUUGCUGCCAAGGGUCCGUUUCGAACCCGAGGAGAAAAGGUUGAAAACAAAGAGGUCAAAAAGCGAAUCUUGAACGACCCUGUGGUCUACACAGAGAAGUUCAGCGAGGAGGCCAAAGCGUUUUGCGAGGGGCUUCUGGCGAAGGAGGUGGAGAACCGUCUAGGGUUGAAGAAUGGGAACUGCGAUGAGCUCAGAGCGCACCCUUUCUUCAACAGCAUUAACUGGAGGAAACUGGAAGCAGGUAUCCUGCCACCCCCCUUUGUUCCGGAUUCGAAAACCGUCUAUGCAAAGGACAUCCAGGACGUGGGAGCGUUCUCCACGGUGAAGGGGGUCACCCUUGAGGACAACGACAAGGAGUUCUUCGACGAGUUUGCCUCGGGGAACAUCUCUAUACCCUGGCAGGAGGAGAUGAUAGAGACUGGCGUGUUUGGAGAGCUCAAUGUUUGGGGGGAAGGUGGAAAGCUGCCCAAUGACUUAAGGAGAGAGUCCAUCCUAGAGCCUCCACCUAAGUCUGGGGUGUGCGCUGUCUCUUAGGGAUGCUGUACAGCUCUUCAGCUACGCUGGUAAUUGAACCUUCUCAAUUUCUCGACUGUUGAUGGGUUAAGAGAGGUGGCAUCAGUUCAACAGGGCGGUAGAAAGGCAAAAAGUAACAAUUCAAAAGCAGCUACUCUUACGCACAUCAAUCAAAUUUUAAUCACUCCAUUUACCUUGAUAUUUUUUUACUCACUGUUUGAAUGGUUCACUAGACAGUCAGAGUAUGCCCAGCUGGUGGAGAUGGACCCUUAUCUUGCUUAGCUUUUAAAUUUGAGGUUUUCUCAUAAUAAGGGAUCAAAAACUGAAAUGACUUGGAAUCCACUUCCUCCUUCCCUAGGGAUAAGCCAUUGGUGAAAAGCUGAUCACAGCAGUUUAAAAAGCACAUCUUUUGCACAAGGGUCAUAUGAGCGAAUUCCAAUUUGAGAAGCUAAUGCUCUUGCAAAUAUAAACAACUAUAAUGAAACACUACUUUAAGGCAACUUUAAACAACAACUGUCACAGUUGUACUUUAAACAACUGUGACAUGUAAUCUGCGAAGCCACCAAUAUGAAGAGCCAAAGUAAAGGUCUCUGCAGUGUUGCAAACAGCAUUACAUGAAACAAUUUGCUCUUGUCAGUACUUACUCCACCUGGCUUUAAUCAUGCGCCUUCUUAAAUGACUACCUACCAUACGUCAAUCAAUAAUUGCGCCGAUUUGUAAUGUUGUUCCCAAACAUCAUGUCUACUUCUUUUUGUAAACGUGUGGUAUUAAGUUGUGCACUUUCAAAAUGAAUUCCUAAAUGUUGAAGUAAACUAAUCAAUGAUAAAGAAGACCUCUUUCACUACAAGAAUAUCCUAAUAUCUUAUUUCAGAAUAGCUUCCUGUUGUUACUGUGCAUGCAAUUUCUGUUCCUGUCACAAUGUUUAAAUGCUUAAGACAGGGGAAGAGUCCCCUGAAGAGAGGGUUUGCUUUUAUUAGAACACCACUGACUAAGAAACAACAUAGAAUCAUCUUUGUCUCUGUUGUAUGAAGUAUGAAGGUGCUACCAAGUUUGAAAAUCUGUUUAUGUUAAUAAAUGAAAUACUUAUGUACAGUAUGUGCAUAAAAUAAAUAUGGGAAAAAUAGCAUUUACUUGUUCAAAUGUUCAGUUGUAAAAAGUGAUUGUUUUAAAUAGAGUUUGGUAAUAAAACUAAAAGUUUCUUAUUCAAUAUUUUCACAUUUAAUUGGCCCUAAUGCAAAAUAGCAGACACAAAAAUUAUAAGCUUUUGCUGUGCAAUGUUUUGCAUUCCAGAGUGAUUUUACAUUAUUAGAUAUAUUUGUAGUUUUUUUGCAGUGUUUAGGAUGUACCUCUGUUUUUAUUUCUUAUUUUGAUGUUAACAGUUCUUUAACGCAAUCCUGUGUGUGACUUUCAUUUGCAGGUUGUGUAGCCUCUGCAUCACCAUUGAGACUGUUAAUAGUGCAAGAGACCAGUCACGCAUCUAUCACAGUACAAAUGUAUCAUACGAUGCUACUUUAAUCGUUAUGUAUGGACAUAACUUGUUUGUCUUAAAUACAAUGAAAACUGGUUAGGCUAUUAUUUAUCUUGAUUUUUAGUUAAAUAUUUAUAUAAGUAGUUUGACCAGGUAGCCAGACAAACUUAUAUCUUGUGUGAUGUCUUGGCUAUUUGUGUAUCCUGAUUUAUUUUCACGUCCCAUCACAAGGGUAAAUAAAGAGAUGACAGACGAUCAGUCUUUUGGGGACUAUCAAUGCUUUCUGAAUGAACAUAAAAUUUUGAAAGAACGCAAUGGUUGUGAAACGCAUGGCCGUAUAGACCUUGAUUGUGCUUGCUUAAAUGCUGCUGGCAAAGUACCUAGUUAAAGUUCUUUGGUACAUUUAGGAGUUUAAAGUUUCCAGCCAACAGAUAAACUAAAAUCAGAUAUAGUGUGGAAGUAAUAAGGCCUCAUUUUCCCCACUGGCUAGGGCACUGUCUGCCUCACCAGAUAUGCACUAGCCACACGGAGUGGUCAGUGAAUUCUCCUCCCAGGCAGAAACACCCCGGGUGAAAACAGCCCUGGGCUGCACAAAGACAGCAGAGGGGCUCAUCAGCCAUGCUCGCUAACAUGCAGGUUGCCAAGGUGAGGAGAAAUUAGAGCUGGGCACUGCCCGAUUUUCCACAGGAAGCUGUAAGGGACCUAUCAUUUGUGUGUGCAGUAGUUCUUGGUGUGUGAUCAGCAGAAGGCCCUGAAGCACCAGUGUCCUGUGAAAAAUACCCUCUUGUCUUCCAGGUACUGUUUACAUGGUGAAGAAACAUAGCUCAAACACCCAUUGCAAUGUGCUUUGGAACACCUCUGUGCACUGAUAUUUUUUUUCUCAAAGGCUAGACGUGCUAAAAUAGUAAGGUGCUUUCAUUCUUUUUAAUAAUACAAUUUCCACAUACCUGCUCUA